AUGGCAUGGGGAGCUCAGGUUCACCGCAGGAGCCCAGAGGUGUCCAAAGACUCCUCCAGCUCUCUCGACACUAUCCAGGAAUUUGCCCGAUUAAACCCAGAGGUGAAUGUGAUCUGUCACAUCCAGGCUACGUCUCCCUGCUUGCACCCCUUCCACCUGAAGGAGGCCCUGGAGUUGAUCACCAAUCAGGACUUCACGUCUGUCUUUGCCGUGGCCCGACAACACCACUUCCGCUGGCAGGAGGUCAAGAAAGGAGGUAGUGUAGCCACCAAGCCACUGAACCUUGACCCGUCUAACAGGCCCCGGAGACAGGACUGGGAUGGAGAGCUGUGUGAGAACGGAUCUUUCUACAUUCAUACCAGAGCGACAAUAGAGAAAGGCCUGCAGAUAUUCUAUUGUCAACUGCCGUUGUUUCAAAUGAUAAUUGAAAUCCCCUUUCUCUUGCAUUGUCUUUCUCAGGGGGGAAAGUGGGCUUACUAUGAGAUGCUGCCAGAGUACAGUGUGGAUAUUGAUGUGGAUAUCGAUUGGCCCGUGGCAGAACAGAGAGUACUGAGGUUUGGUUACUUUGGCCUGGACAAGCCUGAGGCGGUGCGUCUGCUGCUGUGUAACGUCUCCGGCUGUCUGACUGACGGCCGCGUCCUCAUCUCUGUCUCUGGAGAGGAGAUGGUCUCUGUCAACACCAGAGAUACCACGGGUAUCCGCAUGCUGCAGGGAGAGGGCGUGGAGGUGAUCCUGAUCUCGUCCAGUGAGGACCUGACCAAGGCCUUGGCUGACAAGCUGUCCCAGAGAACGGGCUGCGAGGUCAGACAGCUGGGCAAGGACAUUAAGAGCGAGGCCAAAGCCAUGAUGGACGACAGGGAUCUGGGCUGGAAGGAAGUAGCCUAUAUGGGUAACGAUGCACCAGAUGUUGACUGUCUGAACCUGGCUGGGCUGAGUGCAGUACCCCGGGAUGCUCCAGUGGUGGCAAUCAAUGCUGCUAAAUAUUCCUGCCACAAUGUUGCAGGCCUCGGGGCUGUGAGGGAGUUUUCGGAACUCAUCCUGCUGCUCAAGAAGAAGGCCAACCUGCCGUUCCCUUGGCUCAUCUACGGCCUGGUCAAUGACUUCAAGGCGGUGCAGGUGAGCAGCAACGGCCUGUUCUGCGCCAUCGUGCUCCUCUUCCUCAUGUUGCUCUUCGUCAUCAUCUCCAUCGCCUCCUGCAAGUGGAAGAUGAGCAAGGUGCUGGGAGGCCUCAUGUUUUUACUCUACAUCUUCUUCCUGGUAACCAGCGUCAUGCUGGAAGACAAGAUCAUCAUGUGUCCCAUCUCCAUCUGA